AUGAAGAAGUUAUAUUUAUUAUUAUUUUUUAUUUCUUUUUUGGGAAUAUCAGAUGCUUAUGAUUUGAAUGCUCAAGAACUGAGUUCAUUAAGAUGGUUAAUUACCCAGUAUCAAAUUAAUUCGAAUUGGAACAUGACUGCAACUGAUUGCGCUGAUAUCAAUAAAGGUGCUGGAGGAUCGAUUACUUGUGGAAUUGAUCAAAGUGGAUUUCAAACAAUUACUGCAUUAUUAAUGGUAACUUCUACUUGGGUCGAUCAUGGAGAACCACCAGUUAUUGACAAGUUGAUAUUCCCCAAUUUACAAACGUUCUUGUUAAGUGCUGGUCAACAUAAAAAUGCAAGCUAUUCAUUAUUGGGUUUGCUUGAUAACACUGAAAAUGUCAAUUUAAAUAGAAUAACUGUUCAAUAUUUAAGUUUGGCAUCCGUUCCAACAUUCCCAUCAAAACUCAAAUUAACAACAUUAGUUUUGACGGAAGUUACUAUGAUAUCUGAUUUAAAUUUGAACUUAAUAUUUAAAGGUGUAAAUUCCAGUUUAAAUUUUCAAAGAAUAUCAUUCACUUCCACUUUUAAAAUGUUUUUAGAUAUAUCAACUAUGACAAAAAGUACAUUAUCUACUAUGUUUGAACAAAAUGGAAUGUUGAAUUUUACCAACUCUUAUUUUGACACACUAAGCGAUAUAACUAUAAAUGAUAUUUCAAAUACACACCCAAUUGUAUUUGGUUCUUCAACUUUAUAUAGAAUAGAUAUUGAUAAUGCAAUGGUUGUUCUUGGUGACCUACCGAAAGUUAGAAAUUUUAAAGCAAAAAAUUGUGCAUUUUCAACUUCAGAUUUUUCAGUAUUACCUUCUCUUAGUGAUGUAAUUUUUGACAAUAUUUCCACACCAAUUGAAAAUGCUUCAGGUUUGUUCAAUGUAGUAAUUACAAAUUCACCUGUUCCAAUUGUACCAUCAGAAUCUUGGUUUUCAAAUUCAUUCUCGUUAAAGUUAGAAAAUACCAGUAGUAGCGGUCAAUUACCAGAUUUUAAAUCAUUUGAUAGUGUUUCGAUAUCAAUAUAUGGAACACAGAAUAUAAAAACGGAAUUAUAUGAUUCAUUUUGUAGAUUCAAUUUGGAUAUAACAUCAACCACUCUAGUUGGUAAUGUUGCAGAUUGUUUUUAUUGUUAUUGGUCUGAAAUGAAAUCAAAACUUCCAUCAAAUACACCAAAUCCUCCAAAUGAUUUUAAAUGCAAUAUUUCAUUGGAUAGUUAUAAAUAUGUCAUUCCUCAAAUAGUCAACACAGAAUAUGGAAGCUCAAAUUUAACAUUUUCAACAAUUCAAAACUAUACUUUACAAAUAUAUUGGGGAUUAGAAUUAAGUGUGUAUUUAAUUCAAUCAGAGAAUAUUGAUGGUAACAAUGUUUUAAUUAAAGCAUUUGGAAAAUUUAACUUGAAAGCACCACUUGCAAUCAAAGCCACCAAUUUUGGAAAUUCAAAUUGUCAAAUCACAUAUAACACGACAACCCAAUUUAAUUGUAUAAUUCCGAAUCAAAAUAGCACAAAUCCAAUUUUAAUUAAUCUUGAUGAUACUAUUACAACUAUUAAUUAUUAUAGUUCUUCAACUUUACUCAUAAGCGGUGUCCAUUUCAAGAUAAAUAAUCAAGAUGUUGAAAUUAGUGCAAACUUUGGACCGAAUCCAUACAAUGUAUCUGCCAUUAUAUCCAACUUCCCUUGCCAACAAACAUUAUUAAAUGAUUCAAUAUUAUCAUGUAGAUUACCAGUAGGUUUGGUGGAAAAUGUUUAUUAUAGUUUGUUGGUUUAUGCCAAUGGAUAUAAUCAAACGAUACCUGUUUUCAUUAAACCUAAAGAAGAUUGUGGAUCACAAUCAAAUUGCAAUGGUCAUGGAAGUUGUUUCGAUGGAAAAUGUAGAUGUAAUGAUGGAUAUAGUGGAUAUUAUUGUGAAUCACAACUAAGUCCAGGUGUUGUUAUUCUUCCAAACAACACGAUUCCUUCACCAACUGUCAUCGUUAAAGAUGGAAUGAAUUUCACAUUCAACAUCAUUGCAAUUCAAGAGAUAGAUGAGUUAAGUUCAGUGGUAAGAGAAUUGAAAACAAAUAAAUGGAUUCAUUCAACAACUGGAAAUGAAACAUUCAGUAUCACAACAUACAGUUUACAAUCAACAACACCAGAAGUAGAUCAAAUCAAUGCAACAAUUGAAUAUUCAAAGAACAGUAGAUUGAUUAACUUUGCAGGACAAUCAACAUUAUAUCCAGAGAAUAGUUUGAAAUUGAUGGUUACAAUCAAUAAUUGGUCAUAUAAAGAUCGAUUAAAUCGAUUGAGACUAUUAAUGGAAUCGAUAUCUUCAAUCAAUAAUAAUGAUGACGGUUGUUCAGAAUUGGAUAUUUCAGUCAACAAUGGAACAGAAGUGAAUUUCUUGCGAAUGACAAUCAACGAUGUAUCGUUUUAUGGUCGAUUCCUUCCAUAUGCGCUGUCAGACGACAAACCAGUCUUAAUUCAAAAUCAAGUUGUUAAUCAAACUAAAGAAAGUAUUUUGAGUGGAAUGACACUUACUUACUGUGAUAGAUGUGUAAUAGAUCCUGAUUUUUCAGUUCUUAUCAACACUGAUGUUAAAAGUGAUUGUAAAGAAAAAUUCGCCACUUGGAAGAUCGUAACCAUUGUUGUUGUGCUUUCUGUUGUUAUUCUGGCUGCAGGUCUCGGAGUAUUCUUUGUAUUGAAAAAGAAAUAUAAAUAUAGAAAAGAACAGAAAAGAAUAGGCAACAAAUUAAAUAAACUAUCAUAA